UCCCCUGCUCCCUCUCCCUCCGCGUUGUCUCCUCUCCGCCUCCCCGCGAAGUUUCGGGGCUGUCAGUCUGUCAAGUCUCCGGGGCCGUCUGCACCCGAGCUGCAGAGCCCGCGAGGGGGAGCAGGAGAACCCGGCGCCCUGGUCGGAGCCGCGUCGGGGCCCGUCCCGGCCGCACCCGCAGCCGCCGCCCGCGCCGCGCAGGCUGGCUCCUGUUUCACCAGCUCCUGCGAUGACAACUGGAGUGCCGAAGAGACGAAGUUUCCCGCUCCCCAGCUCAGGUCUCCCACUCUCCACCCUCUCCCCAGAGAGUCGGUGGAUUCCUGACCCCCCAGGGUCCGUGGCCGGAUCCCCAGGAGGAGUCACCCUGGGUUGCCAUGAGAGAGAACUUGGAGGCCCUCAGCUCCCUGGGACUCUCUGUGGGACAGCCGGAGAUGACCCCCCAAAGUGAGCCUGGGGAAGGGUCCCAUGACGCCCAGGAGCGCAUGUCCCCUCCCCGAGAAGAGAGAGUGCUGGGUACAUGCUCAGGGCACGAGGCCCCCAGACCGGAGAAAGGUGCCCACAGGGAACAAGCUGAAGCUCCCUGCAGAGGAGGCCAGGUGUGUGCACCACGCAAGCCUGAGCCCAUGGGCUCCUGCCCAGGGGAUGAAUGGAUGAUUCGGAAGGUGAAGGUAGAGAAGGAGGAGGAUCGGGAGGCCCACGAGGAGGCAGAAUGGCCCCAGCAUCUGGCAUUACGCCCCAGCCCCUUUCCCCCGCCGGACCUGGGGUCUCUGGCCGCCGCGUAUAAGCUGGAGCCGGGGGCCCCAGGGACACUGGGUGGGCUCGCCCUGGCCGGGUGGGUCCCGACCGCCUCGGAGAAGCCCUACGGCUGCGGGGAGUGCGAGCGGCGGUUCCGGGACCAGCUGACCCUGCGGCUACACCAGCGGCUGCACCGCGGCGAGGGCCCGUGCGCCUGCCCCGACUGCGGCCGCAGCUUCACGCAGCGCGCGCACCUGCUGCUGCACCAACGCAGCCACCGCGGCGAGCGGCCCUUCCCCUGCUCGGAGUGCGACAAGCGCUUCAGCAAGAAGGCGCACCUGACCCGCCACCUGCGCACGCACACCGGCGAGCGGCCCUACCCGUGUGCCGAGUGCGGCAAGCGCUUCAGCCAGAAGAUCCACCUGGGCUCGCACCAGAAGACGCACACGGGCGAGCGGCCCUUCCCCUGCCCCGAGUGCGAGAAGCGCUUCCGCAAAAAGACGCACCUGAUCCGCCACCAGCGCAUCCACACGGGCGAGAGGCCCUACCAGUGCGCGCAGUGCGCCCGCAGCUUCACGCACAAGCAGCACUUGGUGAGGCACCAGAGGGUGCACGCGGCGGCCGGCCGCACCCCGCCCUCUCCCGACGCGCCCGCCUCGCCCACGUCCCCUGCCCCGUCCCCCACCCCCUCCCCUGCCGGCCCCAAGCCUUUCGCCUGCUCCCACUGCGGCCUGAGCUUCGGCUGGAAGAAGAACCUCGCCACGCACCAGCGCCUGCACAGCGGCGAGGGGCGCCCUUUCGGGUGCGACGAGUGCGCUCUAGGCGCCCCUGUGGACCCCGCGGCCCCCGAGCCCUUGGCCUGCGCGCCCCGAGGCACACCGGCGCUCCCGGGCGCUCCGGCCGGCGAGCGGUCCUUCCUCUGCCCCGAGUGCGGGCGCAGCUUCGCCCACGGGCAACACCUGGCGCGACAGCGGCGGGUCCACACGGGCGAGCGGCCCCUCGCCUGCGCGCAGUGCGGCCGCCGCUUCGGCUCGCGGCCCAACCUGGUGGCCCACUCCCGGGCGCACAGCGGCGCCAGGCCCUUCGCCUGCGCGCAGUGCGGCCGCCGCUUCAGCCGCAAGUCGCACCUGGGCCGCCACCAGGCGGUGCACACGGGCAGUCGGCCCCACGCCUGCGCCGUGUGCGCCCGCAGCUUCAGCUCCAAGACCAACCUGGUCCGCCACCAGGCGGUGCACACGGGCUCCCGCCCCUUCCCCUGCCCGCAGUGCGGCAAGAGCUUCAGCCGCAAGACCCACCUGGUGCGACACCAGCGCGUCCAUGGAGGAGCCGCCCACCCGGCCUCCGGAGCUGACCUCUCGAGCCCAGCCUGGCCCACGCCCACCGACGUGGCCGCACCCGCGCUCUUCUUCUGAGCUUCGUUCUAGCCCGGACCCGGGCUUUCCCUACGUUUGCUCCCUGGUUCCAGAGACCCAUGCCGGACAUCUCCUGGGCACCGUGGCCUGGAUUGCCCGUGGCCAUUUUCCUCUCUUCUCCAUCCUGCGGGGGGAAAGCCUGGAAAGGAUACCCGGCUUUGACCUUCUGUGUCAGAGACAGGGCUAAGAGUAAACCCUUGAUGGGAACAGUUUAGGCCUGAGUCCUUGGAAAUCUCCCACUAAGAGACCCCAUGGAAAGAUGAUGUUUCCUGGACCACUCCCAACGGAGGACUGAGUCAGGAACCAAUACAGAGGCAGGGAAAGAAUGGCGAUCUGUAUACUGAAAGUUUCAUUAAAAUUACAAUCCGAAGGUUCUGGGGCUGUGGAAUGAGUUGGGGAUGGAACCCCUGACUUUUCUCAGCCACCCUUUUCUGCCUUAGUCCACACACAGACACCCCUUCCCAUCCUAUCUGGGUGAGUUCAAUUUAGCCAGCUGCCAAUAAUGGGCUUUCUCAAAUCAAAAUAUGAUACAGCUAAUUACUGAAUCGCUCUCUUGCUCCUUUGACCUUAGCUCAAAUCUGACAAAGAGGAAACAUCAGUAUACAUUUCUCAUGCCAGGGGUCGAAGGUUUAACUGUAAGGAAGACGAAAAGAGAGGAAGCAGGGUGCCCCUGGCUGUUCCCAUGGAGACGGGGUGCCACCGAAGGCUUGGAGCUCCAGGGCUCUGCCUGGGUUUGCAGCUCUCCCAAGGGGAUCUCAGAAUAGCAGCCCCACCUGCCUCUCUGCCUGCAGCAGGGGGAAGGAUGUGAGUGACAGAUGAAGUUUCCCGUUAAGUUCUCUUUAUGAUGGCGACUUGAUCCAGACAUCUCUAGCUGAGCUGCCCCAGCCGAGGCUGACAGGAGAGCUGACUGACCGGGAACGGUAGGAUGAUGGGGGGGUGUGUUGGACUUGGAGUGAGAAGUCUUACACUUGACUUUUCCUCAGUCUCUUUAGGACUUGGAGCAGAGCCCUUCGUUUUCCUGGGUCUCUGCUUUCUCCUUACACUAAGAUUGUUGAUGUUGAUGAGGGCUGAGGCUUUUUUCCAAUUCUAACGUCACCAUCAGCAAGAUAGCACUCGUGGUGAAGAAUCUGCCUGCCAGUGCAGGAGACAUGAGACAUGGGUUCAAUCCUUGUGUAGGGAAGAUCCCCUGGAGGAGGAAAUGGCAACCCACUCCAGUAUUCUUGCCUGGAGAAUCCCAUGGACAGAGGAGCCUGGUGGGUUACAGUCAUAGGGUCACAAAGAAGCAACUUAGCACAAAGGUUUCAGAAUAAACUUAGCAAAUAUUUACUGGGUGCCAACAUUGUGCCAGAGGAUGAGAUGGUUGGAUGGCAUCACCGACUCAGUGGACAUGAGUUUGAGUAAGCUUGGGAAGUUGGUGAUGGACAGGGAAGCCUGGCGUGCUGCAGUCCAUGGAGUCCCUAAGAGUCGGACACGACUGAACUGAACUGAACUACUUUGUGCCAAGUCUUGCACUAGGCAUGGGCAACAACAGUAAGCAAGAACUUACAGGAAACAGGAGGAUUGUAGGGCUAGGGCCAGCACAGAGGGCUUUGCGAGUGGCACCCAAAAUCUAGGAAAAGUCAAGGGAGGUUCACAGGUUGAAGACACCUCUAAAGUGAGCCCUGAAGGAUGGGCGCACAUAGCAAGUGACUAACUCCUCCUCCUGGUCCUUUUCUUGGGUUCCUACCUCCUUCUUAUCCUGGUCUUGUAACCCCAGUUGCUUUAAAUAUGCAAGACCUGGGAGACCUUAACUGGAAGCUAGCUGCACAGACAUUCUGAUGACUGUUGUGCUGGGGGAGGUGGAGAAAGGUGAAGAGCCAGGCUGCCCUCCUGAGUCAGAGCACAGAGCAUAGCUCCUCAUACCUGCCUGGGGCUUUGAGACUAUCUCUGUGGCUCAGCGGGCUCCUUCAAGCACCCACACCGGUGAAGAGGCAUCCACCAUUCCUAAGUUGUUGCCUUCCCACUUUGAGGAGGAGAGGAGAUGGUCAGCUAAGGAGCCAACCUGCUGUGCUUUAAAUAUAGUUUCCCCCAGUAUCUGAAAGUAGAGCGUUCCUAUAAAAUACAGCCCAAAUUCACAAUAACUACUAUUAUUAUCACCAUUUUAUAGAUGUGGAAACUGAGUACAGAGCAAUUAGGUCAUUUGAACAAGGUCAUUCCUUCCUUCCUUCAUUCAACAAACAUGCACUGAGUACCUACUUGUGUGUCCAGCAUUGUGAGAUGCUGGCAAUAGGAAUACUCUUUAUAAACUAAAAUGUGUUCAAUACUUACUCUUCACUGCUGCUGCUAAGUCGCUCCAGUCGUGUCUGACCCUGGGCAACCCCAUAGACGGCAGCCCACCAGGCUCCCCCGUCCCUGGGAUUCUCCAGGCAAGAACACUGGAGUGGGUUGCCAUUUUCUUCUCCAAUGCAUGGAAGUGAAAAGGGAAAUUGAAGUCGCUCAGUUGUGUCCGACUCCUAGCGACCCCAUGGACUGCAGCCUACCAGGCUCCUCUGUCCAUGGGAUUUUCCAGGCAAGAGUACUGGAGUGGGUUGCCAUUGCCUUCUCCAUGCUCUCUUCACUAAGUACACUCAGUAAAGGGUACUUAGUACACUAAGUAAAGCCCUAAGUGAAUCAAAGGCUUUACAAGUGUUGCCCUGUUUUUCUUCCCACCAUCCUGUGGGUGGGCAUCCUUGUCCUUGGUCAAGUUUUUCUCAUGAGGUAAAAGAAGCUCAGAGCGUCCAAGUAACUUACACAAGUGACACAGAAUAUGUGAUGAAAGCAAUGCAGUGGUUUGCUUCGAGAGCCUGUGCUUUAAAAAAAAAUUGGGGGGACUUCCCUGGUGGUCCAGGUGGCUCGGGAGGUAAAGAAAUCUGCUUGCAGUGUGGGAAACUGGGGUUUGAUCCCUGGAUCAGGGAGAUCCCCUGGAGAGGAAAUUGCUACCCACACCAGCAUUCUUGCCUGGAGAAUCCCAUGGGAGAGGAGCUUGGUGGGCUACAGUCCAUGGGGGCAAAGAGUCGGACAUGACUGAGUGACUAACACUGGUGGUCCAGUGGUUAAGACUUCGCCUUCCAGCGCAGGGGGUGUGUGUUUAAUCCCUCUGCUCAGGGAUCUAUGCUCCCACAUGCUUCAGGACAAAAAAAAAAACAACAUAAAAUAGAAGCAAUAUUGUAUUUAUAACAAAUUCAAUAAAGACUUUUAAA